AUGGACAUCGAAGGCUUCCGCAAGGCCGGCUACCAGGCCGUCGACCGCAUCUGCGACUACUAUGCCUCGCUCCAGCAGCAGCCCGUCUCGGCCCAGGUCAAGCCGGGCUUCCUCGAGGAUGCCAUCCCCGAAGCGGCGCCCGAGGAGCCAGAGCAGUGGCAGCUGAUCCAGGACGACUUCCACUCCAAGAUCAUGCCCGGCAUCACCCACUGGCAACACCCCAACUUCUACGGAUUCUUCCCGUCCAACACCACCUUCGAGGGUGCGCUGGCCGACCUCUACUGCGCCGCCAUCUCCAACCCUGGCUUCAACUGGAGCUGCUCUCCAAGCGUCACCGAGCUCGAGAUCCUCAUGAUGGACUGGAUCGCCAAGAUGCUCGGCCUUUCGGAAGCCUUCCUGUCGACCUCGUCGUCGGGGACGGGAGGAGGCAUCAUCCUCGGCAGCGCCAGCGAAGUCACGCUGACGGUCGCCAUCGCCGCGCGCGAGAGGGCGCUGCGCAUCAUCGCACAGGGCAAGGGCGGCGCCGCACAGCGCAACGGCACCUCGGCCAAGGCGACGUCGGCGACCGACGAACAGGGCACGGCCACUGCCAGCCUCGACUCGGACCGCGACGUGGCGGCGCAGGUGCCUGGCAAGACGGCAGCGGAGGUGGGCCAGGACGCCACCGAGGACGCCAACUCGCGCCACGCCAAGCUCCGCGGAGACGUGACCAGCCGGCUGGUCAUGUACGGCACGACGCAGACGCACACGGUCGGAUCCAAGGCCGCGCUGAUCCUCGGUCUGGCCUUCCGUGCGCUCGAGGUAUCGUCGUCCGACGGUUUCGGCCUACGCGGCGAGACGCUGCGAGCCGCCAUCGAGGAGGACGAACGGGCGGGUCGCAUCCCCUUUAUGCUGGUGGCAACGGUGGGCACGACGAGCUCGGGCGCGAUUGACAACCUCACAGAGAUUGUCGAGGUGACGCGCUCGCACCCGACCCUGUGGCUGCACGUCGACGCAGCCUAUGCCGGCGUGGGGCUGAGCCUGCCCGAGCUGCGCGACACGUGCCACCUCGACGCCAUCAACGCGCACGUCGACUCGUUCUCGACCAACCUGCACAAGUGGGGGCUCGUCACGUUCGACUGCUCGCCGCUCCACAUCCGCGACCGCAACCUCCUCACCGAGGCCCUCACCGUCACGCCGGCCUACCUCCGCACCGCGGCCAGCACGCACCGCCUCGUCGAGGAGAUGCGCAACCUCCAGAUCUCGCUCGGACGCCGCUUCCGUAGCCUCAAGGUCUGGUUCGUCCUCCGCAGCUACGGCCAGGUCGGCUUCCGCAACCACCUGCGUCGGUGCAUCGAUCUCUCCCAGACGUUCCUCGAGUCGCUCCAGGGCGACGCGGGCGACCUCUUCCAGGUGGUGGCACCGCCGCGCUGGGCCAUGGUCGUCUUCCGCCUCAACCCGUCUCGCUCCGCAAAGUUCGUCGGCGACAGCAGCAGCAGCAGCAGCAGCAGCAGCAGCAGCAGCAGCAGCACCGUCGCUAACGGCCUCACUGGCGACUCGCACGCUGCCGCUGCCGCUGCCGCUGCCGACGGCGUCGACCUCGAGGCGCUCAACAAGCUCUUCUGGACGCGGCUGCAGGACUACACGGCCGACUUUGUCCUCACCUCGACGGUGCUGCCCGAGGUGGGCACCUGCGUUCGCUUCGUCGUCGGCAGCCCGCAGACGCGCGAGGAGCACGUCGCCCAGACCUGGUCCAAGAUCCACGAGUGCGGGCGCAAGACGUGGGAAGAGUUCCGCGCCGCCUCGGCCUGA